ACCAUGACCCUUCACACCAAAACCUCUGGAGUUACCCUGCUGCACCAGAUUCAAGGCACUGAACUGGAGACACUGGGCAGACCUCAGCUGAAGAUUCCCCUGGAAAGAUCGCUCAGCGACAUGUACGUGGAGACCAACAAGACAGGAGUUUUUAACUACCCAGAAGGAGCCACCUAUGAUUUUGGUACUACGGCUCCCGUCUACAGCUCUACUACGCUCAGUUAUGCCCCUACAUCGGAAUCUUUUGGGUCCAGCAGUCUGGCAGGAUUUCACUCCCUGAACAGUGUCCCACCAAGCCCGGUGGUGUUCUUGCAAACGGCACCCCAGCUGUCGCCCUUCAUCCAUCAUCACAGCCAACAGGUACCCUAUUACCUUGAAAAUGAUCAGGGCAGCUUUGGGAUGAGGGAACCUGCUCCUCCAGCCUUCUACAGGCCGAGCUCCGAUAACAGGCGCCAUAGCAUCCGAGAGAGGAUGUCCAGUACCAACGAGAAGGGGAGCCUGUCCAUGGAGUCCACCAAGGAAACCAGGUACUGUGCCGUCUGCAACGACUACGCCUCAGGCUACCACUACGGCGUCUGGUCUUGUGAGGGCUGCAAAGCCUUUUUCAAAAGGAGCAUUCAAGGGCACAAUGACUACAUGUGUCCUGCUACUAACCAGUGCACCAUUGACAAGAACCGAAGGAAGAGUUGCCAGGCCUGCCGACUGAGAAAAUGCUACGAAGUGGGAAUGAUGAAAGGUGGAAUCCGGAAAGACCGCAGAGGUGGGCGAGUGAUGAAACAAAAACGCCAAAGAGAAGAUCAGGAUUCCAGGAAUGGGGAGGCUUCUUCAACAGAGCUGCGAGCUCCCACCCUUUGGACAAGUCCACUGGUGGUUAAACAUAACAAGAAGAACAGCCCAGCCCUAUCCCUGACGGCAGAACAGAUGGUCAGUGCCUUGCUGGAAGCUGAGCCACCCCUAGUUUAUUCUGAAUAUGACCCAAACAGACCAUUCAAUGAAGCCUCUAUGAUGACCCUGUUGACCAACCUUGCAGACAGAGAAUUGGUGCACAUGAUCAACUGGGCAAAGAGAGUUCCAGGAUUUGUGGAUUUAACACUCCAUGAUCAGGUCCAUCUACUGGAAUGUGCCUGGUUAGAGAUCCUGAUGAUCGGCUUAGUCUGGCGCUCCAUGGAACACCCAGGAAAGCUUUUGUUUGCACCUAACCUGUUACUGGACAGGAAUCAAGGGAAAUGUGUAGAGGGCAUGGUGGAAAUCUUUGACAUGCUGCUGGCUACUGCUGCUCGGUUUCGCAUGAUGAACCUUCAAGGGGAGGAAUUCGUGUGCCUUAAGUCCAUCAUCCUGCUCAAUUCUGGUGUGUACACUUUUCUUUCCAGCACCUUGAAAUCUCUGGAAGAGAAAGACUAUAUUCACCGUGUCCUGGACAAAAUCACAGAUACUCUGAUACACUUAAUGGCUAAGUCAGGUCUUUCUCUGCAGCAGCAACACAGACGACUGGCUCAGCUCCUCCUCAUCCUCUCUCACAUCAGACACAUGAGCAACAAAGGAAUGGAGCACCUGUACAAUAUGAAGUGUAAGAAUGUAGUUCCACUCUACGAUCUCUUGCUGGAGAUGCUGGACGCUCACCGACUGCACGCCCCAGCAGCCAGGAGUGCUGCACCCAUGGAAGAGGAGAACCGAAGCCAGCUGACAACUGCAUCAGCUUCAUCUCAUUCCUUGCAGUCUUUUUAUGUAAACAGCAAAGAAGAGGAAUAUGCAGAAUACAAUAUAAACAGAAGUCAGCAUAUACAGUGGUAUGAGAAACCCAGCAGUGUUCUACCUAGCUCAUGCUUCAUUUCAUCUAUAGUGCCAUCUUUGAAAACACUCCAGUGACAACAGACACCAGCAUUUUCCAUAUGAGUGUUUGUCAAGCGCUUGCCUAAA